GUUCAUAAAUUUACGCAAUUUUGCCCAACACUGUUGGUUGGGUAUUUACCGGCGGCUGCAUAAAAUACAUCAAAACGGAAUGAUGUAAAUGAUUGAAACACUUACAUAUACACACAUACAUUCAUGCAGCCACCGGUAAAUUCCAAUGCUGAAUUCCAAUAAAUAAGCAUCGUCAACAGCCAAAACUGGUUUGAUGUGACGAUGCAAAUUGGACAAUAAUUAGUUCUGAUUUAAUUUUCGUCGCGAAAACAAGUUUCCCCCCGUGUGACAAGUGUCAGUGCAAAAUAAAAUAGAGAACCAAAUCUAAUUACAUUGAUAUUAACAUACAACAGUGAAAAUCUAACCAACAACAAGAAGUAUCAACAUUACAAAACGAGUUAAAAUUGUUAAAAUAAAUUACAAAGACGUUCAACAACACACAACAAGAAGAAGAGUGACAAAAAAAAAAGUGACAUUAAAGAUUAAUUUACCCAAAAAGACAAUAGAAAGUGAUACAAAAGAGACAAUAUACAGUGACACAGAGAGCAACAACAAGGAAAAUUGUGGAACCAGCAGCAAGGAGAGACGGACGGACACACGCAGCACAACAACACCAACAACAACCGAGACCCAAAACCCAAAAUCAAAAUAUGGCCGCUUACUUGCCCAACCAGGACUACCGUCUGGACGAUCGCAGCCGUAGCCCAGCCUCAUCUGCCCGUCCUACAGCAAGAAGCGCCAACAGACCCUUACGGCCAAUCCAACGUCCCAGUUCCACAUCCCCUGAAAGACGUCAACGAAGUCGAUCCGAUGCAAGACCCCGCCAACGCCAAGAAAGACCAAGCUACUGGCAAUAUUCAUGUGGACUAUGCCAAGAAGACCAUGCCCUCAGUGCCUGUGAGAGGUUCCGCCGGCAGACGCCCUUUCAGCGGUAUGAGACCGUGGAGCGUCGGGGGUAUUGCCGAAAUUGCCUGGCGAGAAGUCAUUUGGCCCCCGACUGCCCGUCUUUAACUGGUUGCCGGAGAUGCAACUACCGGCACCAUACCCUAUUGCACGGGGCGUCUCAAUUGGAAGAGGUAUCCCUAAAUAUAGAAGCCGUCACCACCCCAGCUUUCGCAUGGGACUUAGUAUUUGUACCGACGGCUAUGGUGCGCAUAACGGCCGAGGGCAUGGAGGGGUUCAGCAUGUUGCGAGCCAUAGUUAGCCAAUCGGCGACGAUGUCCAAGAUCUCGUAUGCAGCUUUCCGUCGCCUGGGUCUGCAGUCGCGGAGCUACAAAGGGGAGCGAUUCACCACCUUCACCGUUUCGCCCCGCCGCACAAACUCUGAUUGGAGUCUGAAGGUAAAUGCUUUAAUAAUUGAAGACCUCCCCAGACGCAUUUACUCAGACCCGAUAUUAGAAGACCCCACGAGAUGUUUUACGAACUAUGCGCUUGCUGACCCUGAUCCCAGAGGAAAUAGUCCGAUCGAUGUGGAACUGGGAGCGGACACGUACUCCGCCAUACGAAAAGAAGGGUGUACAGCAGCUGGAAUUGGAGAUGUCCUGGCCUACAACACACAACUGGGCUACGUGUUUGCCGGACCCAUCAAGAAUAUGCCGAGGAACGGAUGAACGAGAAUUCUUAUGGUAUACUACAAAUGAAUACUUACACUUGUCAUUCGGGGCCCAGAAAAUGUUCAUAAAUUUACGCAAUUUUGCCCAACACUGUUGGUUGGGUAUUUACCGGCGGCUGCAUAAAAUACAUCAAAACGGAAUGAUGUAAAUGAUUGAAACACUUACAUAUACACACAUACAUUCAUGCAGCCACCGGUAAAUUCCAAUGCUGAAUUCCAAUAAAUAAGCAUCGUCAACAGCCAAAACUGGUUUGAUGUGACGAUGCAAAUUGGACAAUAAUUAGUUCUGAUUUAAUUUUCGUCGCGAAAACAAGUUUCCCCCCGUGUGACAAGUGUCAGUGCAAAAUAAAAUAGAGAACCAAAUCUAAUUACAUUGAUAUUAACAUACAACAGUGAAAAUCUAACCAACAACAAGAAGUAUCAACAUUACAAAACGAGUUAAAAUUGUUAAAAUAAAUUACAAAGACGUUCAACAACACACAACAAGAAGGUGAAAAACAAAAUUGUAUAAAAAAAAAAACACAUACACCAUACAUAUAAAACUUGUACAUAAAAACUUAAAAUCUAAUGAAUUAAUACUAAUUAACUAAAAUUUAAAGUCUACAAAAUAAAAACGCCAUGAAAUAAACCUAAAAUAAAUUAUUCAAAUUUUAAACCUAAUUAUCCUUAAAUCUAAGUGCACCCCCAUAAAAACACAAAUAAAAACGAACCAUUUGAAAUAAAUAAAAAAAACCAU